AUGUUGACCAUCCUCGGCAUCGACAGCCUGGGUUGGGUGAUGUGCCUCGCGCCGCAGACUCAGUUGUUCGAGGACAUCGCCUGCCGCAAGUACUACUCACUGGCGAACAGAGUCCAUGUACUCGACGCGGGAGGCAAAGACCUGUGCAAGAUUCCCGAGGUACAAGAUACCGUCGCCCAGCUGUUUGGCUGGCAGGCCUUCUUCGACGGCCUGCCGGGGCUCCUGCUCGCCAUGCCUUAUGGCGUCAUGGCGGACAAGCGUGGACGGCAACCUGUUACGUUCUUGAGCAAACUCGGGAUGUUGCUGGCAAUGAGCUGGAUUUUGAUCGUCUGCUGGUUUGAGCUGCCCCUGCGGCUCACCUGGCUUUCAUCUCUCUUCACCAUCAUCGGAGGUGGUGGCACUGUAGCCAGUGCCGUGCUGAUGAUGGUUCUGGCCGACUCGACGACCGAGGAGAAUAGAUCUCGGAUAUUCUUUCAGGGCAACGCCGUACUGAUCUUCGCCGAGCUCAUCGGGCCGUCCCUCUCCACGUUGAUGAUGCAAUCCAACGUCUGGUUGCCACUUAUCUUUGCCCUCGCAUGCACCAUCUUGACGACGUUCUUAUCGGCUUUUCUCCCGGAGACGUUGCCGCCCAAGGCAGUAGAUGCCGCUACCGACCAGAUAGGCGAUGAAUAUAGCCCAUCGCUCAACAAGGCUUCGAAGAAAACCCUGUCAGCGACCUGGCAACACGCGUCGGGAACAAUAAGCUACAUAGCAAGUCACAGGAGCGUGCUCUUUCUGGUGGUGUCGUUCCUCGUCAUCGACUUUUCCCGCCAGUCGCUUGCUAUUCUUCUGCAAUACGUAUCGACGCGAUAUUCUGUGCCAAUCGCCAAGGCCAAUCUCUUGUUGUCAUGCAAAUCGUUCGCACAACUUAUCGCGAGCGCAGUGCUCCUUCCGAUCACAGAUUCGUUCGUCCUCAAUACACUUCGAGUUCCAGCAAAGGUUAAAGACUUGAGACUAGCCCGGAUGAGUAUCUCGCUCGUCAUGGUCGGCUUCGCAGUCUUGGUACUUGCGCCGAGCGUCUGGGUAGUUAUUGUUGGGCUCGUCUUCUAUACGAUGGGUUCCGGCUUCGGUGCAUUCGCACGCUCUCUCGUCAGCUCCCUGGUCGAAUCACGCAUGAUCGGGACGCUCUUCACCACUUUGUGCAUGAUGAACACAAUAGGGUCACUUAUUGCUGGCCCGAUCGUUGCGGGGACGUUUAGUUGGAGCUUGCGACUGGGUGGCAUAUUGCGCGGCAUGCCAUUCAUUUUCCCCUUUGUCCUAUGCGGCUUGGCGACUCUCGCUCUGAUGCAGGUCAAAUUACCGUCUCGGUUGGCCAUUGCUGAUGAGCCUGAGGAUGAGGAGUCUAGAGGGCUCCUGCGCUCGGAGGGACCUCGAGAUGGCGACUAA